AUGCCUAUAGGAGAAAUCUUUCUCGCUGCUUUCGUUCAGAUGUUGUUUGAGAAGUUGGCCUCAAUUGUCCUACUGAAGGUUGCUCAUCGGGAGCAGGCUCAUAUUCCCUUCAAGAAAUGGAAUGGAGAGCUAAAAGAAAUUCAGGCAUUCUUAGAUGAUGCAGAGGAGAAACAAAUAAAAAAUAGCGUUGUGAAAAUGGAAACAAUGCCUAUAGGAGAAAUCUUUCUCGCUGCUUUCGUUCAGAUGUUGUUUGAGAAGUUGGCCUCAAUUGUCCUACUGAUGGUUGCUCAUCGGGAGCAGGCUCAUACUCCCUUCAAGAAAUGGAGUGGAGAGCUAAAAGAAAUUCAGGCAUUCUUAGAUGAUGCAGAGGAGAAACAAAUAAAAAAUAGCGUUGUGAAAAUGUGGCUUGAGGAUCUCACAGACCUGGCUUAUGAUCUGGAUGACAUACUAGAUGAAUUUGCCACUGAAGCUUUGUGGUAUAAGUUAACAGUAGAGUCUCAAGCAGCUAACACCAGCAAGAGCAAGCUACUGGCCAUGAUACCUACAUGUUGUACAAGAUUCAAUCCAACGACUCUUCUUUAUGAUUUUAUGAGUUCUACUUCAAAGAUAGAUGAAAUCACUACCCAAUUGCAAAGUAUUUUUGAAAGAGGAAGUCGACUUGGUUUACAAAAGAAUGUUGUAGGAGAAUUUGCUAAAGCUUGGCAUAGGCCACCAGCUACAUCAUCAUUGAUACAUGAACGUUGCAUAUAUGGCAGGGAUAAAGAGAAAAGGGACAUAAUUGAUUUUCUCCUAAGGGAUGAGUCAAAUGAUAGUAAAGUCGGCGUACUUCCCAUAGUAGGUAUGGGUGGGCUUGGCAAGACCACCCUUGCACAGAUGGUAUACAACGAUGAAGUGGUGAACAAGCAUUUUGAUUUGAAAGCAUGGGUCUGUGUUUCUGAUGAGUUUGAUACUAUGAGAAUAUCAAAAGUAAUUCUUGAAUCUAUUACUUCCAAGGCUUGUGAAUUUAAAGAAUUGAAUCAAGUUCAAGUUCAGUUAAAGCAGAAUUUGAUUGGAAAGAAGAUUUUAAUCAUUUUAGAUGAUGUAUGGGACAAGAAAUACAAUGAUUGGAACAUUUUGAAGGCCCCCUUUAACGAUGGAGUCUCAGGAAGUAAGAUAAUUGUAACAACUCGUGACAGAGAUGUUGCAUCGAUUAUGGGAACCGUUCAAAACCAUUUGCUACAGCAUCUAUCAAAUGAUGAUUGUUGGUCAGUGUUUGAACAACAUGCCUUUGGGAAUAGAAGCAUGGAUGCGGAUCCAAAUUUGGUGUUUAUUGGUAGGAAAAUUGUGGAAAAAUGUAAAGGUUUGCCUUUGGCUGCUAGGACACUCGGUGGCCUUUUACGGUGCAAAGAAAGAGACAAUGAGUGGGAAAUUGUAUUGAAUAGUAAAAUAUGGGAUUUAACAGAACAAGGCAAUGAAAUCCCCCCAGCUUUGAGAUUAAGCUACCAUCAUCUCCCUUCACAUUUGAAGCGGUGCUUUGCAUAUUGCUCUAUACUGCCAAAGGACUAUGAAUUUGAGGAGAUGGAGUUAGUCUUCUUGUGGAUGGCAGAAGGCCUUCUUCAGCAACAAAAUGGAAAGAAGCGAAUGGAAGAUUUAGGAGUUCAAUACUUUCACGAAUUGCAGUCGAGGUCUUUUUUCCAACCAUCAAGUGGUGGUGAAAGCUCGAAAUUUGUGAUGCAUGACCUCAUCAAUGAUUUGGCUCAGUCAGUUGCAGGAUAUACUUGUUUUAGAUUGGAGGAUAAAUUGAAGGAUCAGGAGCAACAUACAAAAUUAAAGAGUGCUCGACAUUCAUCUUACAUGCAAAGCGAAUUUGAUGCAAUCAAAAAGUUUGAAACUUUUUAUAAAGCUGAGAAUGUAAGGAGUCUAAGGACCUUCUUACCAUUGUCCUUAAGUAAAUAUAGACAUUGUUGUUUGACAAGCAAGGUUCCCCUUGAUCUGUUGCCAAAGAUGAAACGCUUAAGGGUGUUGAGUUUGAAUAGAUAUCACAUUGGCGACGAACUUAUUCCAAAAUCAAUUGGAGAUUUGAAACAUUUGCGAUAUCUUAACUUUUCCUACACCAGAAUCAGAACAGUACCUGAAUCAUUAGGUACCCUAUACAAUCUACAAACUUUGAUGCUAAGAGUUGUCCAGAAUUGA